UUGUCAGUUAUCGUUGUGAUAUGCUGUAGAAAGCAUUUGACACGCUCGUUUAGAGAGUAAUAUAAAUUUUAUAGUUCCGAUUAAUAUUGCAAGAGAUUAGGAAUGUGGCCAGAAAUUGGCCUGGUGUGUUUGUUGGCGUCAGCCACCGUGGCCAUCAACCGACCAGUCUACAAAGUCGUUUUGACACAGAAAGGAUUCACACAGUUUCUCCAGUAUGACGUAGAGACUCCACCUUUGAGAGAGUUCACGUUUUGUACUUGGAUUCGAUUAUACGACCUUGGCGGUGACCAGAGUAUUUUCACGUAUGUAGCAAAUGGCAAUAACCGCGUCGUCAGGCUCUGGUUGGACUCGGGAGGGCGUAACAUGAAAGUGUCCAUAAAUGGAAGAGUGAUUUCGAGCAUUCCGGUGGAAAUAGUGAAGGAUGUCUGGCGUCACGUCUGUCUGUCCUACCAGUCGGACUACGGCGCUUGGGCAAUAUACAUCGACGCUAAACUUGUAUUAUGCGGAGUUGCGCAGAGUUUACAAGGGUUUCUACUGCCAAAAGGUGGCAGCCUAAUCAUUGGAUAUGGGACAGCAGAUAAUGGCGGACCAAGCGGUUUGGAAGGAGAAAUAUUUGGAGCAAAUAUGAUAUUGACGUCAACUAUAGAAAGAAAUCACACAACCAAACUAAAUCACUUGUAUGAUCAAAAAGCAUUUAAAAGAAAUAAGGUCAAAAGUUCCGACAAAAAUAUUAAAUAUGUCAUAUUAAGUGAUUUGCGAACUGAUGAAAUACAUAACAACUUUGAAAAAGCUCAAGGGACACCAAUUCAAAACAAAACAAAAAGUUACGUUAAGUUUCGGACACCCCAUAGUAAUUUUGAACACAAUGUUGGAUUAGAAUUAUCUUCUAAAAAAACACACGAUGUGUUUGAUACAUCAAAUGAGAAAGAGAUUUUUGAUUUUUCAGUUACUGACCAUAUCGAUCAUACAACAACUGAUAAAAAUAAAAUAAAUUUCUGGAAUUUAGUGAACAAGGCAGGCCAUGAAGGAAAAUUCAAAGUACAAAAGAAAACAAAAUUGGAUGAAUUAUCUGGUUCUAGUACGCAAGAUUUGGCAAUGAUUUCUGAAUACGAAACACCUCCACCACCACCGGUACCAUCAGUGAAAGAUGCAAAUUUUAACAGAAAUAAAAAAGUUACAAAACCACCUAAGUCAAUUUAUAAUAUUAGUCCUGAAAUUGACGGAUAUAACACACAAAAUUUACAAAAUAAGAAUAAAGCAACAGUUCUAUUACCUGACGUUGAUACUCCUCCUCCUCUUCCUGAAAAAGACACAAAAGUUUACGGCCAAUGGACAAGUUCUAAAUUUGCAGGUAGCGUGUUAAAUUAUCUUAAGAGCAUAAAUUUUAAUUACAACAGGGAGAAAAAAGCGCCAUCGACAAUCCCUUUAAAUAAAAUUUCUGACAACUAUCCAUAUGCAUCUGACUUCAAAUUAACUAAACUACGGCCGCCAGUGCAAUUCCAAAGGAAAAAUUUAAUUGAUCAUAAAAUCAAAAUAAAGAAACGAGGAAUUAACGAUCAGCCUCAAAUAAAUGUGCAAAUUCUGGAAGAUGAUUUGAGAAGUACGAUUUUAAAACAACAUGCAGAAACCAAAGCGAAAAAUGUUGAAGUAUCGAGUCGAGGUCAAACUGUUUUGAGUAACAGAUUUUACAGAAAUGUUGAUAGUCAAGUAUCCGUAGAAAGUUCUGAAAGUAUUGAAAAUAUUUAUAAACCAAGACCAUUUAAGGUUAAGUCUAUUGGAAAAAAGAAGAUCAACGCAUUAUCGGAUUUUGAUCUCCACCGAAACAAUAAUUUGAUGACUAUAUUACCAUUUUUGAAGUCAUUGGAAUAUUUUGUUGAAGAUUCACAAAAUACAAAAUCUGAUAAUGUUGUACGCAGUAGCGACAUGUACUCUAAAAGUUUAUCGAAUGGUAAUAAAUGGCAUAAUGUGAAAUCAUACAACAAUGAUUAUACACCUCGUCGUAUGAAUAUAGAUUCCGAUGAAGGAAAGAGCUACAUUGACGCUAAGAUAGCAGAAGCAAAUUUAAAACAUCCCUCUAUUAGACUUAAAUAUAAGCAUGAAAACCAUAAAGUUGUGAAAAAUAAUGACGAUCCUACUAUUUUGAAAGGAAGAGAACUUGCAAUGAGUGUGUCAAACCAGUCUAACGCUAAUAGAGAUACAAUAUCAAUUGUUAAAUACAAUCACGGAUUUUUACCUUCCCAUGACACAAAGUUGAAAAAUUCUGAAAAAAUAAAUUCCGUAAUUAAAAUACCCAGGAAAAACAAGCGUUUAGAAGGAAAGAAUAAUUUUAAUAAACAUGUUAAGUUAGGAAAUGCUUUGAACGAACGUGAUGUAAUAGGUUAUAAUGAAGAGGACAAAAAGCAAAGUUUCUUGGGCGGUAAUGAUAAAAUACCAGAUAUCAAUAGAUACAGAUCUGAUUUGGAUAAUGAAAAUUUUAAUGUGCCAUCUUCAUUAGGCCCUAGAGUUUGUAGGGAUGUAGAUUUAGAUGAUCAUGCUUUGUACGUCCAACCUGAUCAGAGUAUCGAUACGAGUCACAUACUAUCGCCAGUUAAAAUGAAAAAUAUAGGCAUUGAAUUCAUUCAGCAAAAUUAUAAAAAAUGUUCUCUGGAUGGUUCGGACUUUGCUGAAAGUUAUUUACUAUUCAUCGAUUGGAGUAAGACGCCAGUCAGAUUGUUCGGUGGAGCGUAUCCUAAAACAACAACAGAUCUUUGUGGAUUUUUUAAGAAGUAAGAAAUUUAUAUUCUCUUGUUUAAUCUAGUACAGAUGCAAUGUAAUUAGAAAAGGUAUCAUAUUUUAGCUUUUGUCCGUUUAUAAAAUAUGCAAAUUUUAUCUCAUCAUUGCUAAUUAUUUAUUUAUUGUUAUGUAUGGCAUAUUAUGUAUUCACUUUACCAAUAAGAAAAAAAAACAAAUUAUAGUACUCCUGAUCUUACUGUAUUAUUAUA